UGCGGUGGCCAUUAGUGAUAGCCCAGGGAAGGAUCCAGGGCAGGAAUUCAGAGAAUCAGAGAAACUCAGAGCUGGAAGGGAAAAGCCAGUGCAGGAAUCUCUUGGACUCUUCUCCUGGAACCUCCAUGAUGGUGCUAUAGCCAGCCUAGGCUCCAAGACCUCUCAUGCUGGGUCAUCCAUGACCUUAUUACGCUAUUCCUCCGCUCAGAAACUGUCAGGGAACGCCCCGUUGCCAAUUCACUGAAGUUCUAACUCCUCGCCCUGGCAUUCAAGGUCUUUCACAAUCUGGGUCCAACCUACCUUCUAAGCUUAUCUCCAAAUAAGCAGUCUUCCUCAGAUACUCAACUUUCUAGUCCAGCUGGCUUACUUUCUGCCUCGUCCUGCUGUCACUCCCUUCACUUGUGCUAGGAGACUGGCACCUUGUUGGCACAGUAGAUGGAAUACCAGCCUUGGAGACAGAAAGACCUGAGUUCUAAUCUUGACCCAGAAAUGUACUGGCUGUGGGAUCCUGGAGUGUUCAAGAAGGCAAGUCCAAAUGGAAAGCUCACAGUCUACCUGGGAAAGAGAGACUUUGUGGACCACAUCGACAUCGUUGAUCCUGUCGAUGGUGUGGUUCUGGUGGAUCCUGAGUACCUCAAAGAGAGGAGAGUGUACGUGACUUUGACCUGCGCCUUCCGCUAUGGCCGGGAGGACCUUGACGUGUUGGGCCUGACCUUCCGCAAGGACCUGUUUGUGGCCAACAUCCAAUCCUUCCCACCUGCCCCUGAAGACAGGCCCCUCACUCGACUCCAAGAGCGGCUCAUCAGGAAAUUGGGAGAGCAUGCCUACCCCUUUACCUUUGAGAUCCCUCCAAACUUGCCCUGCUCCGUCACACUUCAGCCAGGGCCGGAGGACACAGGGAAGGCCUGUGGUGUGGACUAUGAAGUCAAAGCCUUCUGUGCAGAAAAUCUGGAGGAGAAGACUCACAAACGGAAUUCUGUGCGCCUGGUGAUCCGCAAGGUCCAGUAUGCCCCGGAGCGGCCUGGUCCCCAGCCCACGGCCGAGACCACUCGUCAGUUUCUGAUGUCUGACAAGCCCUUGCACUUGGAGGCCUCUCUGGACAAGGAGAUCUACUACCACGGGGAACCGAUCAGUGUCAAUGUCCAUGUCACCAACAACACCAACAAGACAGUGAAGAAGAUAAAAAUUUCAGUACGCCAGUAUGCAGACAUCUGCCUGUUCAACACGGCACAGUACAAAUGCCCUGUGGCGGUGGAGGAGGCUGAUGACAUGGUGGCCCCAAGUUCAACAUUCUGCAAAGUCUACACCCUUACACCAUUCUUGGCCAACAACCGUGAGAAGCGAGGCCUGGCCCUGGAUGGCAAGCUGAAGCAUGAAGACACCAACUUGGCUUCCAGUACCCUGUUGAGGGAUGGCACAAAUAAGGAGAUCUUAGGAAUCAUCGUGUCCUACAAAGUCAAAGUGAAGCUGGUUGUUUCCCGAGGAGGCCUGUUGGGAGAUCUCGCAUCCAGUGAUGUGGCUGUUGAACUGCCCUUCACCUUAAUGCACCCGAAGCCCAGGGAGGAGCCUGUGCGUCGAGAAGUUCCAGAGAAUGAAGCGCCCAUAGAUACCAAUCUCAUAGAGCUUGAUACAAACGAUGACGACAUUGUGUUUGAGGACUUUGCUCGACAGAGACUGAAAGGUAUGAAGGACGACCAGGAAGAAGAGGAAGUCCCAAACUCGCCACAUUUAAACAACACAUAAGACUGGAUUCCUCUUGGCUGUUCUUCUUGGGUGGUUCUGGUUAACUCUUGUGAAUUAGGCUACUUGUUAUCUUUUCUUCUUUUUCUCUCCUUUUUCUGGUAUUUCUUUCCCCUUCUGUUUUUUUUUUUUACUUCUACCAGGGGACUCCAGAGGACUUAUGUAGGUGUCAUCAGGGAUCCUCACCAUCUGGCUUUGACCCCCUCGUCACCAUAUCACCGAGCCUCCCUAGAGGAGAGGAUACCUUGCUUCCCCCCUGGAGAACGAAGGAAUGGCUCACUACCCUUCUUCCUACCUUAAUCUAUCCCAAGUCCUCUCUGUUUCUGCCUCACCUUCGAUCCCCUCCAGCCACCCAGCCUUCAGUCUUCUCCAUAUGACCAGUCCCAAGAGCUUCCUAAUCCACAUUCUUUGGAUUGUGUCUGUUCUGCACACAUUGGGUGGAAUCCAUCCAGUGGAAUUAAGUGUUUGAAUGUGGAGUCUGGCAAGAGAGAGGGGAAAGAAUGACCAGUAUACGUAUAUUUAGGGGUGGGGGCAGGGGGUGGUUCUAGGCACACCUGCUGAUGGUGUGGGAGGUGACCAGAUGAGGGUGAGAAAAUGAGUCCACAGUUCUAGCUAUUGAUGUACUCAGAAUGGCCAAUGAGAUGACUUGGUUGAACUACCUUGGCUCAGAGAGAUGGUGAUAGCAAGUGGGAGCCAUGUGCUAGAGAGGGAGGGGGAAGAACCAGCAGCUGGAAUCUCUGUCCUUCCACUUCCCUCCCAAUAUUCCUCUCUCCUUACCCCGAUUCCUCUCCCAGUAUUUCCGACCACAAUGGUGUAAUGACAGUUCAGCGAGACAAAAGCAGUCACAUUGAUGUUCUUACCAGCAGUUACCAAGUUGAAUGCAAGUCACAAGGACUAGCACAAACAUUUUAAUAUUGUCAGAACAUAGUCUCUUAGUGAUAUGUAUCUUAUAUGUUUUGGAGAGAGACAGAGGAAGAGAGUUGAGUAUAUAUCAUUUUCAUAUUGUGAUGAUUGUCUGUGGUCCAGAAAAUUGAAAAAGGCCAUGUAUUUGGGGUGAAGGGAGAAAACAUAUCUUGCUCCUGAGUCCCUGGUAGCAAAGGAAUCAAUAUCUCUGGGGAAGACUUCCCAGAGAGACUAUUCUCUCCUGAAUGAGAUGUUCAUUUACCGUAGAACUGGCUGAGUUUUAAUCUUUCAUUUAACAAUGCAACACAAUGCAAUUCAACAAGCAUUAUUAAGCACCUACUAUGUGCAAGGGAUAUAAAGAUAAAAAGGAAACAUCCCUUGUUCUCCAGAAGCUUACAUUCUACUGGGGUGGGGGUGUGGUUGGUGGGGAAUGAAGCUUACAUUCUUCCACUUGGUGUAUUAGUUACUGAAUUGCCUUCAGUUCAGAUGUAGGGGCCAAAAGAUAGUUGGAGUAUAUAUAUUAGGUUCAGAUCUUGCCCACCCCUUUCUUAGGAAAGUCUCAGGGUAUGAUGCCUGCUGUGACCAGGAGGAGGACACACAACUGAAGUGGACAUAGCUGGUCCUCAGAAAAACUGGUACCAAGGCUCAAAUGUUGGUUUUGUUUACUUCUUCAGAAAGGGCAGAGAGCAAUGUGGAAAGGCAGCUUUAUUGCCUGGGACUUAAAAGAACCUCAGAGAUUGUGUAGUCUAAACUAGCUCCUCCUCUGCAUAUUACAAAUUAUAGCAAUGAGGGCCAAGAAGAUUAAAUGACAUCAAAAAAACACAUGAAAUAAAUAACAGAACCAGGAUUAAAAUUCAGGCCCUCUGAUUCUUAAUCCCCUACAUUUUGGACAGGGAAUUGAUUUCCAAAAGCUUUCUCUCUGGCUCUCUUGGGUCCAGUUUGGAUUUCUAGACCAAAAGCUGAUUUCUGAUCCCCUAAGGUCAUUUACCAGCGACUGGUUGUGUUCUUUUGGGUUUCCUUUUCUAUGAUACCAUUAGAGAAGAAGCAAAUGGAUUCCUAAGGAGUGGCUGCUCUCUUCAGCCACACCUAUAAGAUCAAGUUCAUCAGAUUCUCCAUCUUUCUUUUGGAUCCUGGAAAGUCUCCAGAGCCACAGAGGAAGAAUUCAAGCAGAGGAUGGGGUUGACUUUAGUUGAUAUGGAGAUUUAUAGAGAAAACAAUUUGGACCUUGAUACAUGGAAUCCCUCCCAAUGGAUGGAACCCAAGAGGUAUCUAGGCGUCUCCCACUGAAUUUGAGACUCUCCCUACAUCCUUCAUGUGAGGUCAUCUGAUUUGGAUCGAGUGUCACAGUAUGGUGGGUCUGGAGUCUGGAGAUCAAAGGAAUCUGGAGUCAAAGGAACUCAUAUUUGAAAUCAUAAGUGUUUGAAUGUGAAAAACAAGGAAUGGAGACCAUAGUUGGAGUAAUAACUAGGAAUGUUUGUGGCUAGAACAAAGGAAUAGGGGAAAGGGACAAGAACUUGACAGGGGUAUAAUUGAGAAGGAGUGGUGUAGGGAUAGGAAGUGCACCUUUGAAUGGUGCUGUCAGCAUCCACCAAAUUUUGAUGCCCCAAGACAGAGCCUUAGUUGUCCCCUUCAUUCCCCAGUUACAUCUCAUCAUAUUAAUUGAUACACAGAGUGCCCUGGAAUAUAGAACCCCUGGUCCUGUCCAGUAGGCAUAGAUUGCCACAGAGAAUUCUGUAGUUUCCUAAGCAGUAUUUUUGGUUCUUGGACUUACAGUAUAUGUAGUUUAGCAGAUGUACCAAUUUUUUUUCCAUCUUACUAGUAAGGCAAAGGACAAAUUGCUCUCAGAGUGCUCCCCCUAACUCUCUUUUGCUCUACCUGUGGCAUCCUCAAUAGAGAUUAGGAGCAAGCCAGAUUCCCCCCAGAAGCAUCCAAGAGGACAAAGAACCUAGAGGUCUCAUCUUGUUUCUUCCAGUCCCAGCAUUUUGUGUGCCAACACAUCCUUCCCAGAAGAAUCCUUGGAAGUCCACUUAACACCUCUUCAGGAAGUUGGCACCAUUUUUAAGGCCUGAGAACUGAGUGUAACUUUCUGAAGCAUCAGUGGAGGAAUGGUAGACAAACUAGAUGUCUACUUGCAGUUCUUCCAAAUCUCUUUUCCUCAGCUUCAAAUUAUAAGCUACAGGGCUAGAGAGCCCACGGGGUGGGCAGAUUCUCCACACUUAUUGAGCACUUAUUAGGUACUAGGCACUAAUCUAGGUGCUUGGAAUACAAACACAAAAAUAAAAUAGUUCCUGUCCUCAAGGAGCUUACAUUCUAUCAAAUUUGGAAAGUACCUCAAAAGCCAACUAGCUCAGCCUGUACCCGAAGGAAUCUCUCACUCCUUUACUUAGUAGAGACUAAUUAGUUAUUUGGUCUCUACUUGAAGCUCUAGUAAAUGGGAAUCUACCACUACUCAUCAAUAGUCCAUUUCACUUUUUGGACAGCUCUCAUUGUUAGGAUGUGUUCCUUAUACCAAACUGAAGUUUGCUUCUCUAUGAAUUUUACCCACAGGACCAGGUUUGCCCUCCGGACUUCAGCAGAACGAGUAUCUUUUAUUAUGAUAGCCCUUCAGAUAGCUGAGUGAAGAAAACUUUCAUUCUCCUGAAAUAUUUUCAUCCAGGUUAAAAUAAUUCCCAGAAUCCUUACCCAGUGUUUGUGUGGCAUCCUCUCCACUCCCUUUGCCCUCCUCGACACCUGUGAGGACAAGUUAAGUUAGAAGGUGGGACUGAGCAGGGCUUUGUAGAUUGCUGCCCCUUACUCUUGAAGCUGAGAGUGAGGAAUGAAGACCCUCUCAGGUUGGCCAGGGAUUCCACUGUGUAUCCUUAAUUUCCAGUCCCAGAGAAUGCGGAAUAAACAUACCAGAAGGUAAAACUUUUGGUUUAGGUGACUGAAGAGACUAUCAUACAGAAGGAAAAUGGUUGCCUUGAAGCCCUCCCUCUGCAAGAAGAUUCAGUGCAUUGAUUCUUCUUUUGAUUCAUUUCUAAAGUUGGAGAUGUUCCAAACACGAUGUUUCUCCAUGAAAACAUGGUCCUGAUUCCCAGAUGUAUUUGGUCAACUCGUUCACUUUCCUGUCCACUUGUUCACUGUCUCCUUUAAGGACCCCACAUCACAUUGCCAGGGGCUCUGCAGCUCUUGGAUUAGUUGGUGCUGCUUGCACUGUAUGCAGAGGGAAACUGGGGAGGCUGAAUUGGAUCGUUGAACUCCACCCAGUUUUGAGUACCUUUUCUACUGCAAGGAUCUGAUCCAGGUUGUAGAUGUGCAAAAAAAAAAAGUGAAAAAGUCCCUGCCCUCAAGGAGCAUAGGUUCUACUGGGAGAAUGCAGUGGAUAAGUAAAAGGUCAUUUGAGAUCCCUGAACUUUGAAGAAAACUAUAAAUAUUCUGCAAGAAGUGUAGUGCAUUCUAGGCAUGUGGGGAACAGCCAGUGCUAAGGUCUGGAGAUGAGAGACACCAUCUUCAAGAAACUACUAGUUUAGUUGGAACAUAAAGUGUAGGAAGGAGAGUGACAUGAAAUCAAUCUAGAAAGGUAGGUUGGAGCAAGAAUGUGAAGGGAUUUAAAUGCCUAAAUGUAUUUGCAUUGUUAUCUAGAAACAAUAGGGGGGCAUUGAAGAUUUUUGAAGUCUUAAUUUUGGAGCAUGAAUUGAAAAGAGUGGUGGAGAUUGGAAGCAGGGAGGCCAAUUAGGAAGCUGUUCCAGUGAUCUAAAUCAAGAGAACUGCUGCUGAGAGUGGGAGAUUUGGAGGCAGAGGAUUCUCAAAUAAGGAGAUUGACCUCAAAGGUCUCUAAGAAUUCCUUCCACAACAAGCCUAUGAAUGUAGAAGGAAUAAUUGGCCUAAAUAUGACCGCCAUAUCUCAUUGUUCUAAUUUGGCAUGUGUCUCUCUCUGGAAGUUCUAUUUUGUCUGCAGAUGACCUCAAGGAGGGAGGUGUGGGGUUUUGCCAAACUGUGAUUUAGAAGGGAAAUUCUGGGCCUGCCUGCAUCACAGAAUAAGUCAAAGAAGAAGUGACACUACAGUGACAUUAUAUUGACCCAGCGUCCUUUCCUCUGGACCCUGCCACCCAUCUCUCUGGGUCAAAUUCAUCAAGGAAUCAAAUAAAAUGAGCACAACUUGAUUUAUUCUCAUAGAAGAAAAAUAACGGGCCAAGAAAGAGCCCAUUUAGUGCGUCUCUGUAUAUAGUCACUAACUUGGAAUUGGAAGGGAUGUGAAGAGCCAUCUGAUCCAAUUCCUACCAAGAUCAUGAAUCUCCAUCACCAACAUUCUUGACAAAUGCUCAUCAUUUUGAAGACUACAAGUGAUGGGGAACUCAUUAAUAAUAGUCAACAUUUACAUAAUGCUUUAAUGCUUGCAAAGAACUUUACCUGUAGUAUCUUGGCUGAUCCUCACAAUAAUUCUAUGAGGCAGGUGCUAUUAUUAUCCCCAUUUUACAGCUAAGGAAAUUGAUGCUGAGAAAGUGACUUGCCUAGGGUCACAUAGCUAGUAAGCAUUUAAGGCAGGAUUCAAACUAAACUUUCUGAUGCCAGGUCCAGUGCUGUUUGUACUAGUCCACCUCGCUGGCCAUUACCUUUUAAAGCAGCCCACUCCGUUUUUGGACAGUUCUAAUUGUUAGGUGCUUUUCUCUUGGGGAAAAAAAAUUCUGCCUCCCUCUAGUUUCUCCCAUUGUUCCUAGUUUUACCUUCUGGGGCAAAGUAGAACAAGUAAGUCCUCUAUAAUAGCCCUUCAAAUACUUGAAGACCACCACCAUAUGCUCCUUCAGUCUUCUGACUAAACAUCUCCAUUUAAAAAUUUUUUUUUUGUGGCAUGAUACUGUUCGCUCCAUUCUGGAAAAGCCUCUGUUACUGUCUGCUAAAAUGUAUCCUCAGAAGUUGACCCAAAGCUCUAAAAGUCAUGUGGGAAGUGAACUGGAAGAUAGGAGAGGGAAAGGAUAGGAUGCAAUACCAUGGCCAUUCAGGGUUCUUUUGGGGGUAUCUGUCUCUGCUGCCAUCUAGGUAAUAAGAAAUGGAUCCUGCUAAAUUUUUAUUAGCCCCAACACCCUGCUGACCACAUCCCUACUGUGCAUGCUAUAAAUUCAUUAGAAAGACAAUACAGAUUUUUGAAGUUUCAGUCCUUGCCAUGACUGGAAACAGCCGAGAAAGGAAUAUUUUGUGGAAAGCCCAGUUUUCUUGUACUGAUUUCCAAUCUACUUUGAGCAUGAAUCGCCUCCUCAUUCUCUGAGCCAGAAGGGCCUCUUGGACCCCCUGUCUUUCAUCAAUUGCAGCACCAACAGGCCUCCCAGUCAUUCAGCCAAACAGUCAUUAAGUGCUUUCUAUGUGCCAGGCACUGCUGAGUGAUGAGGAUACAAAAGAGAGAGACAGACAAAAGGCAGACGAGUACACCUAUAAGAUUUUCUACAUAUACACCUACAAGGUAAAUGAAUGAAGUGUAAUCUCAGAGAAAAGAUACUAGGGGGUGAAGUGGAGCAAGAGACCUGCAGAAGGUAGGAUUUGAGCUGAAUCUCGAUACGCUUUGUUUCCUGCACUCACAUCUUGACCCCUAUCCUAGAAUAGAGUUGGGAUCUCAAGAAAGAUGCUAUUAGAAGGUGGGAUAGUAGGGGCAUAUACUAGCAAGGCUGAGGUCUCCUGUGAAAGGAUGCCUUCCUAUUUCUCUAGAGGGAAGCUGUGCCGGUGUUCCUAAUUUGUUCCCACCAGGGACUUGGGUACUGAAAAUUCCCAACACAUCUGAAAGGAAGAGAUUUGGAUUGGAGUCUUGAAAUGUGGUGCGAGUCCUGUAUAUGUCCCUAAUAAUUCUGCUUUGAUAUAUACAUAUUUUAAAAUUUUACUCUGCUGGAUAAACAUCAACUGCCUAUUGCUUCACACAUUUAUCUACCUGCAUUUAUUUCAUCACCCAAAGAUAUUCUGUGCUUCCAUUGGCAGGAUCCCACAGCCACACUUAGAGAAUAGUGUCAGUUUAGAGGGGGUGGUCCCGGAUGCAGAUGUCAUUGAUGGUUUGACACACUUAGCAUUCCUUGCUAAUGUUUUCUCUGGCUAAAACCUCAGGCAAUUCAGAGAAUGGUUUAGUAUACAACUAUUUAGCCACAUGAUAAAGCAAGCAAGAUGAUUUAACCCUUUGACAUUCUCUGUGUUCAGGCCUUUAGGCAGCUCAUAGCCUAGCCUAACCCAUGAGACUUUCUCAAAAAAAAAAUAUAUAUAAGGCAAGCGAACAUGGAGGAAACUACCCGGGAACAUGACUCCUUAAAGUCUAGAGAACCUUCCUCUUUCACUCUUCCUCCUUUCAAGACAGUCAGCUUUGAAGCCAAAGUAUAAUGGGCCAGUAUUGAACACCAGUCCAGAGGUUCUAAAUCUUUUUUGUCUUCUGUCUGAAAGCAACCUUUGAGUGAAAGACAGUGGGUUCCUUAGGGCUAUUGGUAGGAGUAGCUGCCUUCUUGCUCUCACAGGUCACCUACCCUGUCUCCCUGACAGAUGAUAAUAUACCCACAUUGGGCAGAAGCAUCUUCCAUGCCCCUAGCCUGAAUGGCUUGGGAACCUGCUCAAAGAAUUUAAAAGGAGACCCUUCUGUAGGGGUUUUCAUUAAUCUCCACCUCAAAGACAAGUCAGUAAAACUCCUGAUUUCCAUCUCUGAAACCUGAAUCUAAGAGGCUUCCCUAGGUUUGGACCUUGAAGGUGGAAACCAAACUCAAGGCAAGGUUUUCUCAUUAAAUUUCUUGGUUUGCUUGUUGGAAGAGCCUCAGGGAGAAUUGUUUUCUAGAGGUCAUUGCGCUUGUGACUCAUGCUCAAAUAUAAGUGCAUGUUGCUUGGCACAAAUAGGGACUUAAUGUCUGUGUGACCUUGGGCAAGUGGCAGCCUUGCUGAGCUUGUUUUCUUAUCUCUGAAAUGAAGGGGUUGGACUAGAUGAUCCUUAAGAUCCCCUCCAACUUUAAGGUUAGGGGCCUAGGAAGGACUUAAAAUCACAGGCUUACAGUUUCAUGCUUGCUCAUGCAUAGCCCUAAACUCAUAACCAAGAAUGUACAUAAUUAUAGUCAGAGCUAGACACACAUACCAGUCACACAAGCGCAGCUAAAUGUAUUAUCUCCCAAAUGGAUUAAAGUGUAUUUGUAAUGUGUUUUCAUGUACAAUGCUCAUAGAAACAGACUUGGCAGCAUGCACAGGUAUGUAUGAAAUCAUGCACAAAUCUGUUACCUGUGAUUCUGGCCAGCCUGCCCAGAAGCUUAGGUUGGAGCUUAUCAUCGGGACAAAGGCUCAGCUCUGCUCUCCCAGCACCUCAAACUCGUGGCAUGUUCUAGACUGUGGAGCAAAGUGAUGGCUAAGAGAAAGCUCUUGGCUUGAUUUGACAGCUCUUGCUGAGUCUUCUGGACUGGCCCAGGGCCAACACUUGACCUCAGUCACUUUUAGAGAUGGAAGAUGUUUCCUCUUCUGUCCCCAUGUAUGCCCCCUUCAGGGCACACAGAUAUCAAGGGGAAGACGAAACUCAGUUUAACAACCAAGUAUCAAGCACAUUUUUAAGCUUACUAUGUCCAAGAAUUCGCUCUGCUGGGUGCUGGGACAUAGAAUCAUGAGUAGUCUCUGCCCAGGAGAUGUCUCCAAACAAACAAAUAUUUUGGAUUAGUACCCAGGGGAUACUUGGCCUCUGUUCUUAUGGAAUCCCUUGUCUGAGGAGAAUUCACAGUUGUCCUCUAUAACUCCUGAUCUGACAGUAGGGCACAGGGGAGACAAUGUCCCUACCUCUAGUCUGAUAGGGGCAGGUCCUUGUCCCUUAGAGACUUCCUGGCUGGAAGGGAGAAAUGUGAUUCUCACCCCCACCCCACCCUUCCAGAAACCUUUGGUCUAAGGUGGUAGAAAAAAAAAAGAUUAAGCACAAAUGAAUAUAUGAAACUCCAGAUUUCACAAAAGAGAAAUUGUCUUCAUUAAACAGAAUGUCUUCUAGAAGGCUUCCUUCCCUCCUCCCAUCCCCAUUCCUUUAAUAGCAACCUCUCAUAGUGCAGUUCAAAUAGAAUAUGUAGGCAGUGUCCAUUCCCAUAUAUAAAUUGUGAUAUAGCUGAAGGAACAUUGCCUUUGGAGUUAGCCUGGAUCCUAAUCCUGGCUCUGAUACUUAACUGGAUUCAGGACCUUGGACAAAACCCUUUCUUUCUAUGGAUCUUAACUAGGUUUCUUCCCCUGUAAGAGGACUUAGUGAUUGGACUUAGCCAUCUCUGAGGUCUCUUCCAAUCCUAAUCCUGAAGUCCUAUGGCCUCUUACCAUACUUGAGAUCUCCUUGUGACUGGUUUGGAGAUUGCUUUGGCCUGACAAUGUCACAGCAAGUUCCCACCAAUUAGGGAGGCCUGGAAUCUGCCUGACUGAGGCAUCCUCUCCAGGGAGCCCUGGAGCAUUGCUUCUGCACUGGUUGAAGUCCCUGGCCUUGGUACCAGCUGGUAUUAUACUGCAUUAUUAUACUGGUUUUAUGCUACAUUACUGCAACACAGUUUUCUGGGUUCAGAUGGAAAAUACUUAACACCAUGGAAAGAACCCUAAAUGGGGAGUCAGGAGACCUAAUGAUGGUUCGCUAUGUGACCUGGGUCUUACAUGAAUAAAACAAUACCCUAUACUUGGCCAGUCUCCUUCAAAUGGUCAUUGUAAAGAUUAGAUAAGAAACCAAGCAUGAAUAAGCAGUUUUUUGGACUAGAGGCAGUGACUGGAGAUGUGAUCAUCUAGCUGAACCGUGUCAGGAGUAAGAUCCAUUUGGGAAGCCACACCAGGUGCAGGGCUCUGGCUGGCCACCACCCUGCCCUUUAUACUGUGUCCCCUCUUCCACAAAGGACUGUGGCUGUCCCUGCUGACUCCAGACUGUCUCCAUCCUUUGCCUUUGCCUUUGAGACUGGUAUUUGGAAAUGAGUGUUACAUCGAUGUUUGGUGUAUAUACAUCUAAAGAGAUAGAUGGAGGAAGGGAGCGGGAGGGAGGAGAGAUGACCCUUUGAGGACCAUGGUCAUCUUCAGGGCCUUGAAAAAGGAUCUCUUUGCCCUCAUUGUGGGCCCUGCCUGCUCAGUUUCUUUGUUGUACUGUUUCUGUGUCUGUCACAUAAGUUAUUAUAGUUUAUUAAACAACAACAAUCAGCACAAA